AUGCAGCGCAUGUCAUCGCUUCUGCCCUCAUGGGACAAACGAAACUCGGCCUCCGGCUCUGCUGCCGCCUCUACCGCCCCGAAAUCAGGCGGGAUUUUCGGCUGGGCCGGCCGCAAUAGCAAUUCUAAUAAAACUUCCAAUUCCUCGGUCGCCAAGUCUCUUGCCCAGAUUAAUAUUGCCGCUGCCAAUGGCACUGGCAAUGGCGGCAGGGUUCAGCGCGAGGCCUUCUGGCCUUCAACACUGGACAUGGAGUGCCUAAAGGCAGCCCGCAUUUUAAAAUCCUUUUGUGCCGAUGGCUAUCUUGCUCCGAUAGACGGCGACACCUCAGCGCGUACCUCAGUCUCGGGGCCUCAGUCCCCUCUCAAAAUCACCAAAAAGAUACCCAGGCGCAUAAUACAAAACGCCGCAGGCAUCGCCGUCUUCACAUGUAUGAGGAGCGGCCUGUGGAUGACGGGGUCCGGUGGCUCCGGCAUUCUUAUUGCCAGGAAAUCCGAUGGGACGUGGUCGCCGCCUUCAGGCAUUAUGCUUCAUACGCCGACGCUCAGCUUCAUAAUAGGUGUCGACGUUUACGAUUGUGUCCUUGUUGUGACCAAUCUCACCGCUUUGGAGUCAAUCACUCGGCCCCGCGUCACUCUUGGUGAGGACGUGACAUUGAACAACGGACCCUCAGUUGCCAUGGAUGCCGACCAUACAAACUUCAACUGGAAGGACCUUGAUAACACAGUAUUAGCGUACAUGAAAGCCCGCGGCCAACACCAAGCCGUCAAUUUGCAGGGCUGCAUUCUCACAGAGCGAGGCAACGAGAACGAGCGCUUCUACGGCGUCGACGUGACCCAAAUGGACAUUCUUGCCGGCAAUGUUGCGCGCCAUGUUGAGGAAACUAGGCCAUUGUUCGAGGUCAUCAAGAUGGCUGAAGGCCGGACUGACUAUGACAAGGCAAUUGUCGAGCACACUGCCAUCGAGCCCGCCCCCGGCGAUGCUGUCAUUGCUACCCCCAACUCUACACCAGCGUCUCCACGAUCGGCCUUUGGACGCCCCAAACCCGAUGAUCCCGAUCCGUUUGGCGUCCUUGCUCUGGAAAUGGCUGGUCUUGAGAUUCGCGAGGCUGGCACCCGUUUACGACCGGCGAGCAACCAGUUCGAAAUCAACUCCAACCCUCGCAGCCCAACCCUUUCCAAGUUCGGACGACAGAGCAUCGACACCUUUGUAAGCAAGAGCAACCGAGCCAGCGUGCUGUCUUCCCGCACCGUCAAGAGUCAGAUGACGGAUGCGGGAACACAAACUGGUGGUGGCACAGCAGAAACUACACCGAGCCCGGGUCAAAGCGAAGAUGGCCACGAAGGUGUCUCUAUUGACCGCAUCCCGGAGGUGAAGGAGGAUGAUGAAGUCGACUACACCGCUGUUGAUUUCACACCAUUGAGACACCUCAGCCAGGAACACUCGAUUGACCUUUCCCUUCCUGCUGGAGAGCCGGCGAUCCCCCCAAGGAACCAGCUUCGGGCUUCUGUCCCGUCGUCUCGCAGUAGUCGAGACACUGAGCAGCCAUCCAGGGCCCCAGUCAAGGAGGAAACUAACCAGAUGCAGGAUGACGAGGACGAACUAGAAUACGACACCAACGAUGCCGAUGAUGAGGAUGAUUCCGAUGAAGAGCCCGUUGUAUUUGAGGUUGCCCAGGUGCAACCCACCAGGACUAGGGCGGUGGCCUCGCGAAUGAUCCAAGCAAAGGGCAGCGUGGUCACGAUUCCCAAGCGAAUUCCUCCUCCACUGCCCACAAGGAGCCCAGCGAGAAACUCUAGAUCGAUGAACUGCGACAAUGGUAAUGAAAGUGGCACAGCUCUGAGCCCUCUGCGCCAGGCGUUCAGCGAAGCUGACUUGCGUGGCGAGGAGGAUGUCCAGGACGAUCAAACCCAACAAAGUCAGGCACACAUUAUAUCUAGCAAGUCGGCCGAUCUCGGUCAAACUGAUGGCAAUAACGUCGACAAUGUCUUAUCAAAGAAGGCCGAACCAGGAGAAACAUUGGCGGACAAAUUCCAAGCAAAUGAGGCUAGUAAGGCGACGCCAUCCAUCAAUGAGUUGGUCAUGCCGGGCAGUCUUCCCGUUGAUGAUACAGAUGAAGAAGCCAAGAGCGACAUUGUGGAGUCGGUCGAGAAAAUUCUCCCCACAGAAUCCACCAUCCCAGAGAAUGUUCCGUUACCUGCAGACACAGACGCCGAGGACUUGACCUCCAAGCUCGAGGAGGCCGAGUCAGACUAUGCCUCCAUUGAAGAGCGCGCGACGGAGGAUGACGAGUCCAUCAAAACACCCGUGGACAAUUCAGACUCGACCACAAGCAAGAAACACACUUCUUCUAUUUACACUGGUAUGACGGAGGAUCGUUGGAGUAUUGAUCAGUCGUCUUUGACCACUCCUAAUUCUGAACGACCAUUGUCAGUGGUUGAAUACUCAACGGAAGAAGACACGCCCAAGAAGAUUGCGAAAGAGGGAGAAUUGGAAGUCGAAAACAAUGCAGAAAACCGGACAGCUAAAAAGCCAGUUUCGGCAGCAUCGGGAAUUACUAUCACAUCCGCUGAGAGGUGA